UCUCAACUGUCUCGUACUCCACUUUGAGGAUUAUAGUUAGGAUCCAGUGCCACUACAAUCUGUCCAAAUUGUUUGAUAUUUGGCAGGUACCGAUGAAUGCCUCCAAAUAAAAGGAUUGGACAUUAGAAAAGAAGCAGCGCUGUUUACGAGUCUAAUUUUUGGCGUUAAAUUCACAUUAUUAUUAGUUGUUGUCAACUUAUAUUAUUACAAGAUAUUUAACCAUGAUCAAAUUUCAAUGUAUAUUCCGAUUUUUCUGCUUUAUAAAUCAGAUAUAAAAGACAAUUGGUUACAUUUCUUCUUGUAUUUCCAGAUUACUGUACUGAGUUAUUAGAUUUCUCGACGAAAUUUGCGCUCAUUGACGACUAGAGGACCCACUACAUGCCGAAGAAACUCGGGACAUGUCCGAAAUCAUUGGAGGCUCGAGAAAGACGGGCCGAAAAGAAGCGAGAAGAGCGAGAAAUCACACUAAAAAAGGCUGAGGAUGAGUAUUGGAGAGAUGAUGACAAACAUUUGAAUAAGAAACAACAACGGAAAGAAGAAAAAGACUCAAAGCGUCUGGAGUUAAUGGAGAGAAAAAAGGAAAAAGAAAAACUAUAUAAUGAUGAAAUCGCUGGUUUCAAGUCAUCUAAAUCCACAGUCACUAAAGAACAACCGUCAAAGCUUACACAAGCGCAAAUUGCUGAAGCUCAAAAAAAACUACAGGCUCAGCUAUCAGCUUUAAACCAAACUACUCAGAAAUCUGAGCCUGCAGAAUUGACUCCUAACCCAAACCGAACCGAGAAAGAUGGUUUAGAAGCUCGUACCGUUGAAGAAGCUAUCACCAUACUAAGUUUUAACGGUGAAGGUGAUGGUGAUCGACAUCCAGAGAAACGUUUAAAAGCUGCUUAUCAGGCAUUUGAAGAGCGUUUGAUGCCGCAGCUGAAAGCUGAAAAUCCAAACAUGCGACACUCACAGCUUAAACAGUUAAUAUUUAAAAUGUUUCAGACAUCACCAGAAAACCCUAAAAACCAACAUAAUUCAUGUUACAAUUCCAAAUAAGUUGAUGCAUAAAACUGCACUAUUCUUUUUCUUAAAAUAGUUAUUUCGAGUUUGAGACCACUACUGAAGAGUUACUUUAAUAUGUCAACCCAGAAUUACUUUACGAUUUAUCGUGUACUUAAAUUAUUAUUAGGGCCGGUUAGUUUGCAUAUGUUUGUAUCUGUAAUUUUAAGCUUGUGCAACUUGAAUCUGUCAGUGUUCGGGUUUUUUUAUUGAAAUUGGAUAAACAAAUGAGAAAAAGCAUAUAUAUUUUA